AUGAGCCUGCUCAAGCCUCUGGUCCAUCCACCAAAAGAACCUAUAGAUGGUGCUCUACGAUCGGAUUUGGCCAUUGAAGUCCGCAAACUCAACUUUUCAUUUGGCAUCGAAGAAUCGCCAAUGAUUUUGAAAGACUUCUCGUUGGAGUUGCCUUAUGGUUCAAGAUGUCUCCUUGUUGGUCACAAUGGUGCUGGAAAGUCCACACUCCUCAAAGUGUUGGCCGGAAAGAGGUUGACGAGAGGGGAAGCCUUCAUUUUGGGUCACCGAUGCUUUUUCGAUGCUCCUCCUGGAGUCACAUACUUGGGAACUGAAUGGGCUGCAAAUCCUGUUGUCAAAGGCGAGGUGCCUGUGUCUAGGCUGCUGAAAUCUCUCAAUGCCGAAGUACAUCAUGAACGUUGCGCAAAGCUACUGGACAUUCUUGAUGUAGAUCCAGGAUGGAAGAUGAAUGAGGUCUCGGAUGGACAAAGGCGACGAGUGCAGAUAGUCUUGGGCCUAAUGGCUCCGUGGACGUUAUUAUUAUUGGAUGAAGUCACUGUUGAUUUGGACGUUUUGGUUCGUUCAGAACUGCUGAAAUGGCUGAAAAAAGAAACUGAAGAACGAGGCUGCACAAUUCUGUAUGCAACCCACAUCUACGACGGUCUAGGAAACUGGCCAACUCAUGUUUGUCAUAUGAACAAUGGUGAAAUGGUGCACUUCCGUGCAGUGGGUGAUGCAACCGUCUUCCCGGAACUGGAGGCAGCUCGCCAAUCAGUACGACCAGAUGCCAUAUGGAACUCGCCCUUGCUAACCGUCGCCGAGGACUGGUUACGUGCUGAUUACCAACAACGAGACUCUAACAGACGAGGAGAAACCAAACAUAUGACCAGAUGGGACAUGUUGAGCGAAAACAUGAAAGUGUUUGGUGACAGCUUCUACGAUUAUUGGAGACGAUAG